AUGACUGAACAAAGACCUCCUUUCCCACCUUUCACCCGUGAAUCGGCACAGGUCAAGGUGAAGGCUGCGCAAGAUGGAUGGAACACCCAAAAUCCAUCCAAAGUCAAAAUGGCCUACACUCCCGACUCUAUCUGGCGAAACCGCGACACCUUUAUCAAAGGCCGCGAUGCGAUUGAGAAGUUUCUAACUGAUAAGUGGAAUCGCGAGCAUGAGUACAAGCUGCGAAAGGAGCUUUUUGCUUUCGACAAUGAUAAGAUUGCUGUACAAUUUUGGUAUGAAUUUCACGAUGACGACGGUCAGUGGUGGCGAUGCUACGGACUUGAGGACUGGACUUUUGACGACAACGGCUUAAUGAAGAAGAGACAUAUGAGUGGAAACAAUGUCAAGAUUAGCGAGGAGGAGAGAUGGUUCAAGGAUGGUGUGGAUGUCAACACUGUUAAUAUUGGUCCAGAGCAUUGGUAG